UUUCCGAUCAUAGUCAUACGACCCGGACGGACGUACGCACGUACACAACUGUACGUCCCAUACGUACAUGUGUACACGAUCUCAAGAGAAAAAUGUCGUGGCAAGAAUUCCUCACUAUUCUUCUUCUUAUUUUGUACAUAUCUCAAUUUACAAUCACUGAAGGACUAAACCUAAAUUUGCAACCGUUAUCAGAAUGGAGUUAUCGGACAGGACGAGCAAAGCAGCUUGGGAAAUUAACCGAUUAUGACAUCACGAUACCCUACCGGCUGGAUGGGCGUCAACGAAGGGAUACAGACACUCUGACAGAGGCUGGGCAUCUAAAAGAAGCGACAUUUGUGCUGCAAGUUGGCGCGGAAGAAAUCACGCUCGACCUGACAUUAAAUGAAGACCUGUUUCCUGCCCGAUACAUCCAGCGCUCCUACUUACCAGAUGGCCGGCUACUGACCAGGAAACCUCACAGAUUACAUCACUGCUAUUACCAUGGAGAAGUCAGAGGCAAGAAUGUAUCAAGUGUUGCCCUGAGCACAUGCAAUGGUCUAAGCGGUCUCAUCAUCAUCGAUGGCAAAAGCCAUUACGUGGAACCGCUGAGCGACUCACAGAGCAAGCAUCUUGUCUAUACACCCGACAAUGUCAGGCGGAAAAAACAGAGAUGGGUUUACGAUACUGGUCUGUAUGAAGAGCAAGGAGCAAACUACCAUGAGGAUUCCAUGCACCAACGGAUACGAACGAGACGAGAUGUCUUUGAAGAAACCAAAUAUGUGGAGCUGUUCAUCGUAGCUGAUAACACAGAGUUCAUAGAGCGAAACAGUGACAAAGAGCAAGUCUUUACAAGAUGCAAGGAGAUGGCCAAUGCAAUGGAUAUGAUUUAUCGUCAGUUGAACAUGCGCGUAGCCCUAAUAGGGGUAGAGGUAUGGGAUGAAGGGGACCAGUUUGAUGUGAGUACCAACCCUACAGUCACCAUGCAGUCCUUCCAUCGCUGGCGGAAAGAAACUCUCCUGCCAACAGUGUACAACGACAACGCCCAGUUUGUCACUGGCAAGUCGUUUGAUGGUAGCACCGUUGGCAUGGCAUCGUUGUCCGUCAUGUGUUCACCGGAUCGUUCCGGUGGGGUGAAUGAGGAUCAUGGGAUAAAUGCGGCAGACGUAGCUUCCACUAUGGCACACGAGAUGGGCCAUAACAUGGGUUUCUCACACGACACUGAAGAUAGAAACUGCCAAUGUGAUGCCCCAGAAAGCACUGGGUGUGUCAUGGAACCCUCCAGCGGUGCUAUCCCACCCACCAUCUUCUCCUCCUGUUCCCGGGCCGACCUGGCGGCAUCUCUACUCAAGGGUCUAGGGGCCUGUCUCUUCAACUACCCCAAGGCUAUCUUCCAAGGACCGCACUGUGGGAAUGGCUUCCUGGAGAAAGGGGAAGAAUGUGACUGUGGCACAGUGGAGGAGUGUACAAAUGAGUGCUGCUUGCCAGAUAGGUGCAUCUUGCACGAGAAUGCGACCUGCGCAAAUGGAGAGUGUUGCGAGGAUUGUCAGCUGAAGGAGGCUGGUGUGCAAUGCCGCGACGAAGUCAACCAGUGUGAUCUGCCAGAGUACUGCACAGGACUGGAUAAUGAGUGUCCGGGCAAUGUUUAUCGGCAGAACGGCGAGGAUUGCGCCAACAUGGAUAGUGAAGCCAUCUGCUACAACGGCCAAUGUGUGACAUACGAUGAUCAGUGCAAGGCAUUGUGGGGAGAAGGGGCCAGAAAUGGGCAUGAGCUGUGUUACGUUUUCAACGAGCAAGGAACUAACCAUGGUAAUUGUGGAAUGGAUGAGACGGACACAUUCUUGCCUUGUACGCGCAGAAAUUUAAAGUGCGGCAAGUUGAUGUGUGAGGGCGGUGCAGACUUCCCUAUCAUUGGGUCGUUGGCGCGAGCCAGCGUUGGUUACCGCUACGACUCGCAAGGCGUGCGACAUUCCUGUAAAUCAGCCGGCAUUGACCUUGGGCAGGACAUCCCAGACCCUGGAUACGUUGGGGACGGCUCGCUGUGUGGCACCACUAAAACCCAGUUUUGUGUUGAGGCAAAAUGUGUGAAUAAAUCUGAUUUAAACAUCAGAGACUGCCCCUACAGUUGCCAUAAUCACGGGGUAUGUAACAGUAACAAUCACUGCCAUUGUGAUCCUGAGUGGGCCCCUCCGCUAUGCAAGAACACAGGCUAUGGGGGCAGUAUCGACAGUGGGCCGGCAAGACCACAGGGCGGAGCUCCCACCGAUCUCCCACUAACAACCUCUGACAAAUCGGACAAUUCGAACCCCGACCUCCGCGACAAAGAGGUUGAAGCGCACAACAGCACGCUGGUGGCGCUGCUCGUGGUAUUUCUGGUCGUGGUCCCGGUGAUUGUCAUUGGCGGAAUCGCAGCGUAUGUCAAACGAAGGCAGCUUCAACAAAUACUGUGCAAGAAAAGUAGUGUUCCGCCUGUGCACCAGCGGCCUAUAUACACUGCCAAACGGCCCAGUAGGCAAGGGUUCACAAGCGUUCCGGACAACGCAUCCAACCGUGCUGAUGUAACCAACGGUCAUCCAGCUCGCAAGCCAACACCCAGGCCGGACAUUGUCCUGAACACGGGAUCAGCUUCCAGAGAGCCCUCCAUAGUCUACAAGCCCACGACAGAACCCGUCAACCGGACCCCUGCAAGGCCUCCACCACUGCCCCCUCAGAAGCUGGACGAUGCUCCGCCUUCUUAUGCCAACCUCAUCAGGAGAGAAUCUUCUAAAAAGAAGCCUGCAAACCCGCCACCACCAGUACCUGCAAGUGAGGCGACGCACCCGAGCCCUGUCCGGAAGGCACCUACUAAACCCCCAUCAGCUGCAACCAGUCCCCCUGCUGUGCCAGUCGCCAGACCCCCAAGUGUCCCCCAAAGACCUCCUGGUGCACCGCUUAAGCCUGUUCUCCCUAAACUACCAUCGUUACCUUCAGACCAGCCAUCAGAGCCCAUCAAACCUGGUGUUGCCCUAAAACCGCCAGUCAGCCGACCCCCAGUGCCUAGGCCCAAGUUCAAUGCCAACAAUUCUGCAGAAUCGUCAACAUCAAAAGACCAGUCCAAACCGGAGAGGCCCGUACCGCCACCACGACCCGAGUCUCUACGCAUCAAGAACUUCUCUGCACCAAAACAACGCCCUCCCAUACCUAAGAGACCUGCCAGCACCAGUGGAAACCCAUCUGUAUGAUAAUCGCUACCAAACCUGUUGCUUGUCAAAACAAUCAUUUUCUUUCCUUGUUCGUUGAAAUGCCGAAAAUCUGCUUGAAUCAAAUGCUGGGGACCAAUUUCACAAAGCUACUAAGCACAGGACCACGAAAGCAAAGACUUUGCUUAAUAGAAGUAGGCUACCAGCCAAAAUUUCAUGCAAUGUAUAUUACUUUUGACUGGUUCCCAGCUGACUCAUGCUAAGUACAAAUGUGUUAAGCAAUAUUGUAGGCUUAGAAGCUCCUUAAAUUUAACCAUGAAGUGCAAUUAAAGACAUUGCAACAAUGUCUUUAACAUAUGGUACUUACCAAACUAACCACAGAAUGUAUGCAAACCCUAUGUACACUUCUGUAGAAUCAAACAAAUUUUCAUUCUUAAAGGCAAGCCAAAAAAGUUUUUGGAAAACUUCACAAUAACAAAUAGAGGGUUUUUGUAUUUUGAUUUCAGCAGAUUUUGAGAGCGUUAUGGAACUGUAAUAUUUUUUAAAUAGUUAUAUGUUCGAAAAAUAAGAAAAAUAUGUAGCUGCCAAAUGUAUCUCUUUUGUAUUAAGGUGUUAAUGGAUCAAAGUAUUGCUAUGGGACUAACUGGUCGUUAAUUAAUUAAGGAAAAAUGGAAAAUAACGAAUACAUUUAAUGUCCAUUUUUAUCCGUUGAUAUUUAAUUGUAUAGACAAAUUGACAAUGACAUGAUCAAAUUAAUAAUAUGGACAUGGUCAAAUUUCACAUGCUAUUUUAGGUUUAGAAAGUGUAAAAUUGACUGAUUCUGGCAAACAAAAUAUCCCCGAAGUAGGUGGUCUAUGAGCAAGUUUUUACAUGUAACUGUGGCAGGCUAAAAAUAUAUGAUUGGAAGUAACGCUGAAUAAACUUAACUUUGACUGUCCAAAAAAGGCCCAAUGUAUACACCUCCCCCCUUUUUUAUAAGUACCUAUUUGUCAAAAGGCCAUAUCGUAGUGUCAAUGAUGUAUAAUAAUAUUGUAUAGCAUUUUUUUAAAAGCUGUCGAAGCCGACUAAUGUACAUGUAAGUCCCUUUGUGACAUGGUUAAAAUAAUUGUAACAAGUACUUAAAAUACUUGUUUUUAUCACGACUAUCGUAUGUUUCAGCAUGGGAUUACGCAUGCUUUAGUAUGCUUAUCAUUGUAAUUGUAUAAAACUAACCUUUAAAAAUUUAUAUUGCAAACUUUAUGCUACUGUGCUUUCACUUAUGCUAAUAUUGUUUUAUUAUUUUAUUUUUUUCUUUGGAUUUUGCCAUAUUUUCUUGCUGGACAAGAAUGUUUUAAUCUUCCAAAACCUAUCAACUAUUUAAUAUCACAAGACACAAGUCUUCACAAAAUCAGUGCAAAACAAUGGCCAUUUCAGUAAUUCUUUUAUUGGCACAAUUUUGCAGAGUGGCUGUCUUUUCUCAGAGAAGCUACACAAACGACCAUGAAAUUGAAUUACUGACAAUGACAAUAAAUAUUGUGCUCAUUGAUUUUGCAUUUCCUAGGGUCUAAUUGUGGAUAUUACUUUUAUGCUCAGCUCAUUCUUUCUCCGUUUAUUUGCUUACUUGUCUUUCAAACUUUCUUUUAUAUUUCAAUCUUAAUUAGCCACGUAUGCACCUAAAUCUAGACAUUCUAUUUGUUUACACUUAUGUACAUGUAGUCCUUUUAAAAUUGGAAACAAAAAUGUGUUAAGGAAAAGUGACAAAUGUAAUGCAGUUAAAAAGUACUAAACCUUAAUUUUCAUAUUCUCGUACUUGGCCCCCAAUUUAAUCUCCUAUGUUGAAGUAGAUAAAUCAAACCUCAGAAGAAAAACUUUUCUUAAAAAGCAAAUAGACCCUUAGCAUGGCAGCCAUAUUGGAGGUGCAUUACUUUUUGUUCAAUAGAGAUAGGCACCGAGUAUGCCUAUUGUGUAAUAAUUGUCACUUGAUCAAAAUAACAAAAAUUCUCCAAGAUGGCAGUGUAUAUGUAUUGUUACAAUGCCAAUUGAUAUAAAGUUUACAACUUAAGAUGUCUUUCAAAACUAUUUAGGUAACAUUAAUAACAGACUCACACACAAAGUGUUUUUCACAAAAUUGAUCUUUAUUGCUCAGAUUGAAAACUGCACAAAUAAACCAAGGUCUUUUGAAGGCACAUUCUUUAAUACUUAGGAAAAUCCUGAAAGAAAUUUACAGUAGCAGAUAUAUACAAACAAACAGUGUAAGACUUAUCAUGUAAUAUGUAAGAUGCAAGCCUGUGUUUUGAUGACAAUACUGAGUACUAAGUUUUAACAAAAUUGGUUGGUUCAAUCACUGUGUAAACAAAUAAUGUAUUAAAUAAAAAAUCCUUUUAAUCAAUGGUCAUGUAUGCUACCUUGUACAAUGGACAGGUACAUAAAAACUCAUUUUGCCACAUGCGCGGGAACAAUCAAACAUUAAAAUUGCGCUUUUUGGGAAUUGAUUUGUUCAAAUUUGUUUCAUCAAGAUGGCCAAUACAGUCAAAGAAAUUAUUCCAUGAAAAAGUACUUAACUGAAAACUUGCAAAGAACAAUAAUUGUUUUAUUUAACAACUAACAUUUUGUUUACAGCAGGAAAAAGUUUAAAGAAAGCAACUUAUCAUUGGUGGAGAGUUUGAAUUAAAAAUUAAUGUAACAUUUUUUGUACUUCAGUUAUUAAAUUAUGUGUAUGGAUAAUAAAUAUCAAGGGCAUUUUUUUAACGUA